AGUAGGGCUAAACUAAUGUCCAACGAGUUACUAUUAGUAAUGGGGAUUUGGAACGCACUUUUGGUUGUGGCCUCCAUUGUAGUAGUUUUUAUAGCUGGGAUAAAAAUUGUGACUUCAUCGAGUUGGUACAAAAAACGUUUUGCUCAAAGCCAAAACGAAUGGGUAAAUUUAACCAGAAGAGUUUUUGAUCCCCUGAAACGAAAGCUUUUCUCAGACCUUGAGCAGCACCUGAGAUCAAUGGAAGGCGAUGUUUUGGAAAUAGGGAUCGGUCCAGGUUCAAACUUCGAUUAUUAUCCCCAAGGUACCUCACUUAUCGCUGUUGACUCGAACCCACACGUCGAGGAAUCUCUCAAGAGAAACUUAGAGAAAGCUGGCAGAAAAAUUUACCUGAAAAAAUUUGUGGCUGCUUCGGCGGAGGACAUGAGUUGUAAGGGAGAAAUCGGUGUAGAAGACAAUUCCGUCGCCGCUGUUGUAUGUGCGAAGCUGUUGUGUAACCUCUCUGAUCUUCAGAUGAGGAAAACCAUCGCAGAAGUGAAGAGAGUUUUGAUGCCUGUGAGUCUUUGUGUUGUUGUUUCAGUGUAGAAAUAUGUUAGGGGUGGGAGGGGAGGGGGAGUGGAGAUGGGAGGGUAUGUGUCAAUCAGUAAUAUAUUUUUUUCCAAUAGAACGAAACAGUAUUGUGGGUAUCAAGAUAGUUAAUGAUUAAUAUUUGUCAUAGCUUUCAUUUAAAGAUGGUAAUUGUUCUCAGUGGCAAACAUACUGCUAAAACUUUGGGCCUUGUUAAAUAGUAUCAUUUUACAUAUAAUUCAAAUCAUAUAUGAUAUGUCUAAAACAUACUGUGACAGAAGGCAAACCAUUAAGCUCUUUACAAGCCCUGUCAAGUUGUUGAACUUAGGAACACUAAGAAACAAAUCUAUCAUUCUAACUACACUUACAUGAGACAUUUAAUGUGAAAAGUUUAUUUAGGAUGAGUCAGUCAGUUUUCUAGUAUAUGCAUCCUGAUACAAUCUGAGGAAAGGGUAAACUAACAAAAAAAAUGAUUGUAAUGACAUUUUGCAAGGAGUUGGAAUACUAAAAACUACAACAAAUACAGAAAAGAAAGUGGUCAAACCUAAGACUGAUGAACUUAGAAUCAAUUUUCCUGUCAAAUGCCUGAAUAAUCCAAAACUUCCAUGAUGCCGUGCGAAACUCUUCAAUGUGCCAUCAGAAUGUCAAUUUCUGACUAAUUCGUUCCCAUGGCACUCAAAUGUCAGAAAUUACAUGUGUGGCCAGUGUGUGACUUGAACCUGGGACCUGGGGAUUAUGAGUCUGCAUGAUGCUCUCAGUGCUUAGCAACCCUGCUUAUUCCUUAAGUUGACCUAUCUUAAUAAAGUUUGAUGUGCCUGAGAGCAUUUCUAGCCUUGUUAACAGGGAUGGCUGGGGAAGGGGUGGCAGGAUUGGUCACCACAGAGACCUGUACCCAACAGUUUGCAUUGUAAGGCAGGAACAGUGGCAGAUCAAUACCUUGGCACAAAUUUUUUUGAGUAUUUUAGAGGUGCCACCCAUGGUGUGAAGAGGAUGGCAGGUGCACCAUGCUGGAAACUGAGUCCAAACUAAAUACCUUGACCUAAGGAAAUUAAAAAUAAGUGGGUCAUCAAGGCCCUGUAUUUAAGGUCCCUAUCCUAGAUAUGCCACUGCAGAUGGUUAUAAAAAGGACACUGUAUCAAAACUGGAACUGGUUUUGUGGAUUCGAAUGUUCCUGGCUCAGAUAUAUCAUACUCAUUUUAGUUGGUCUUAAAACAAAUCAUUCUGUUUUGCUUUGGUUAUUUGUUUGUUUAUUGACUUUUUCUUUUUUCAUCUAAUGGCCACAAUUGAUGAAUGAAAAUUUUGCAAAUAAAUUUUUGUGUAUUUUUCAGGGUGGCAGAUUUUAUUUUCUGGAGCAUGUUGCUGGUUAGUGUUAAGACCUCAGGAACAGUUUUUAAGUUGAACAUUUUAAUGUUUUAAUUACCCCCUUACAAAACACUAAGUUUUUUCACUUCUCCAUUUUGUGAUAGCUAAGCCAUGGACAUGCCAAUACUUUCUUCAACAUCUUGUCACCAAAUUGCGCAUAUGGCCUUCAUUGUAUGAUGGAUGCUGCUGUAAUCAAAACACUCUGUCCUACAUACACAAUGGUGGCUUCAAAUGGGUGCAGUCUGAAAAGAUCCAGGCAAAUUGUUCACAAGAAAUGUUUUCUGCACCAAACAGUAUAUAUUCAAUAUGGCGAGCAAGAGUGAUCUUGUAUUUUGUGAAUAUAUGGUUAGUUGGCCUUGCAGAAAAGGGGCAAUUGUCUGAAGAGAAAAAAAAAUUGUGA